GGAGAAGAGUCUCGCCGCCGGCUAUAGGAGUAGGCGACUCAAUCUCUGCCGUACCGUUUCCAUUCCGCACUACUCGCCAAAGUGCUUCAGCUCUCGACCUCUCAAAUCAAACGCGCUCUCGAAUCCGAUGACUCCAUCGUCGCGUCUGCCGCUGGGAGAUCUGCCGACCUCGCUGUCUCAGAUUCUCUCCUCGCGCGGCUCGCCUCUUCUGCUCCUCAGAAAGCCAAGCUUGUUUUGGAAUGGAGAUUGGACAGAAUGCUUAACGACGGCGAUAAAGAACACAGCAAUUACUCUAACUUGAUAUCCCUUUGUGCCAAGAUUCGAAAUGUCCCGCUGGCUAUGUCUGUGUUUAUUUCUAUGGAGGAUCGUGGAAUUCAGGCCACGGCUUCAGUUUUCAAUUCCCUCAUUCUUACCUGCUUGUUUUCAAACGAGGUAAUUACUGCCCUAAGCUUGUUCGAGGUCAUGGAAAGCUCUGAAACGGUUAGGCUGGAUUCUCAAACUUACCAUACAUUCAUAUUGGGGUUCUCCAACUUUAGAGACAUCAGCAGAAUGCUGGAUUGGUAUAAGGCCAAAAGGGAAGCCCCCAACUCUGCAAUUAAAAUGAAGUAUUAAUCUCUGAUCUCUUGCUGCGUUAAGGUUAAAGAUUUCAAUAGGGGUGACUUGUUCUACAAUGAAAUGAUGGCCAAUGAAUCGCCCCAAGAGAGAAUAUAUUGGAUUCUGUGCUUGAGGGGCUGUGUAAGAGGAGGAAUUGUGAGAUAGUUAAGGAGUUUGUGAAUUUUCUUCUGGAGCGUAGGUUUGAGAUUAGUGGCAGUUUGAUUGAGAAGGUGGUGAAGUUAUACUGUGAACUUGAGAAACCACAAGAAAUGGAAAUGCUACUUAAUACUCUAGUCAAGUUCAAUCAAGUUGGUGAAGCUUUGUUGCAGGUGCAUUGUGGGAUUCUAAGGCUGUAUGCAAGUCUAGAUCGAUUGGAUGAUGUUGAAUACUCGGUUGGGAGGAUGAUGAGUCAGGGGAUGUCGUUUAGCAGUCCAUGUGAUGUCGAGAGGGUAAUCUCUGCAUACUUCAGGCACGAAGCUUAUGACAGACUUGAUUUGUUUCUGGAACAUGUAAAAAGGUAUUAUAAAAUCACGAGCUCGACCUAUGAUUUGUUGGUUGCUGGGUAUUGAAGGGCUGGAUUGACCGAGAAAGUCGAUUUGGUUAUAAAUGACAUGGGAUCUUCAGGGAUAUUAUCAUCUUGAAAUGGGAAGGUUGUUUUGGCAAGGUUGGACUUGAUUCCAUCACAGAGAAUAUGAAAAAUCUCCGACCAUUCUAGCGGCCACUGUAAAUCGGCAGAGUUCCUGGAGAAGUGGUGACUUGAUCAAGAUAACAUUGCAGGUUCACUGUCGUCAGCAUUGAAGUUCAGAUCAAAUCUGAAAAGUCAAAAAUAGCUAUGAACUGGGGCAAUGUCGAUAUGGUUAUUCUCGUCCCAACUUAGCUUUAUCACCAAGGACCGAAGGCCAGACACAAUCUCCACGCUCCUUUUGGCAAGGAUAGCUCAGCUUCAGCUCAGAAAUCCACAAGGGGAGCGGAUUUGUGGGCGGUGGGUGGGUUUUCAUCUGCAUAUUGCACUGCAUGCGUCUGAAAGAAAGAGAAGAAAUUGCACUAUCAAAGUAACAAUUGUGGAGGGUGGCAGAGAGAUAGGGUUCAGUAGUACUAAUAAUGGCUUCAUCUCCACUUGGGUCUCUGCCUCCGGUAAAUUCCCCUGCCUUGAUCUCGCCGCCCCCUUUGGAGGCGGUGGUGGAUAGUUCCAGUCAGCCACCACUGUCGCAGCUACCACCACCUUCCGUUUCUGCACCAGCUCCACCAAUUCCAGCUCCUUCCUCCGCGGCUGUGUCACCGCCGGCAACUACACCUGUCGCCCCACCGGCAUUGCCUCUCCCAACUCCGGAAUCUUCUCCGCCAGCACCUCCAACUGCGCCGCCGGUUAGCUCAGAAGCACCACCAUUGCUAGCAUCCCAACCAUCAGCGCCGCCGCUACCACAAUCAUUGCCAGCAUCCCAACCAUCACCGCCACCUCCAACACUGCCAGCAUCUCAACCGUCAUCGUCGUCACCACCACCAACGAAUCUUGCUACAACUCCCAGUCCACCAGUGAUCAUUAUAACUCCAGUGACUUCCCCAUUGCCUCCACAGCCUCCACUUCUCUCGCCUCCUUCGCCAUCUGUUAUUCCUUCCCUUCCCCUGUCAGCAUCUCCUCCUCCGCCUUCAUCUCUGCUGCUGCCUCCAUCGUCACCGAUCUCUCUCCCCCCACUUCAGACUCUCCCAAAACCCUUUUUCCCAUCACCUUCAGUUACAGCGUCUCUGCCGCCUUUGCCGAGCCCAGGCGACCAACAUGCAUUCACAGAAGCAGCUCCUCUGCCUUCUGAACCAUGGCCAUCCAGAGGAUCUCCUCCGGUUGCUCUGCCAUUGGUGACUAGCGCGAAUCUCACAGCGGCGGGCGCGAGACAGCAACAAGUACUACCAGCAGGGCUCAUCGUUGGGUGUCUGGUGGGUGGAGUUGCCCUCUUUCUGGUUCUUGCCCUUUUGGGUGCUAUCCUAUACAGACGGAGCAAGAAAAGAAACGAUGAACCGAAACUGUCAGGCAUCGGAGGAGCUGAUUUAUCUUCAGCGGCGCAACAUUUACAGCAAAGCACCCCAACUGACGGCAGCCACGUCAUCAAUGUCGGGACUCAAGCAACUCCGCCGCUCACCGGCCCCGCUGCUGCUGCCGUUUCAUGUUCUGCUAAUGUAUCUCUGGCGGAGAAGUACCCUACUAAUGGUUUGACUUAUGAAGAACUAGCAGUGGCUACUGAUGGUUUCUCAGAGGAAAAUCUCGUCGGAGAAGGCGGGUUUGGGUACGUUCAUAAAGGAGUUCUUUCCAACGGGAAAGAAGUCGCGGUGAAGCAGCUGAGAGAAGGAAGGAAGCAAGGGGAGAAGGAGUUUCAGGCAGAGGUUGAAAUCAUCAGCAGGAUACAUCACAAGGACCUUGUUUCCUUGCUUGGGUAUUGUAUUCAUGGAGCCAAGAGGUUACUUGUCUAUGAGUUUGUUCCCAAUGACACCCUCGAAUUCCACCUUCAUGGAAAUGGGCGACCGGUAAUGGAGUGGGGAGUUAGAUUGAGAAUUGCUGUUGGGUCUGCGAAAGGACUUGCUUAUCUCCAUGACGAUUGUUGGUCUCCUUCCCUUAACUGCAUACUUGAAUGUGAUCCCAAGAUCCUUCAUCGUGAUAUCAAGGCGUCCAAUAUUCUCGUUGAUCACAACUUUGAGGCAAAGGUAUCUGACUUUGGAUUGGCCAGAAGUUACAAUGCUGAUGCUUCUGUAACUCACAUUUCCACUCAGGUGGUUGGAACUUUUGGGUACCUAGCUCCAGAAUAUGCAUCCAGUGGCAAAGUAACAGAAAAAUCAGACGUGUAUUCCUACGGUGUCGUGCUUCUGGAGCUUAUAACUGGACGUCCCCCUAUCUGCUUCUCCGAAUCCAUUUCCAGAACAAGCUUGGUUGAGUGGGCUCGGCCUCUACUCACCAAAGCCGUGGAAACCAGAAACUUCCAAUCCCUAGUCGAUCCACGGCUAGGGACGAACUACGACAACUCCGAGAUGACUCGAAUGGUUUCUUGUGCCGCUGCGUGCGUUCGACAUUCAGCGUGGCUUCGUCCUCGGAUGAGCCAGGUAGUUCAUGCCCUGGAAGGAGAUGCACGUGCUGUGAUGAAUCUCGACAAGGGGAACAAGGUUGGACGCAGCGCGGUUUAUGGCUACAGUCCUUGGAAGGGUUCGAACUACUGUUCUGCGCAGUACAAGGAGGAUAUGAUUAUGAAGAGAUUCAACAUUGUGCUGACGAGUGAUCACAGUGGGAUGACAAGUGAUUAUGGGGUGAACCCAUCUGUUUCGGAUAGCGAUACCAUCUCAGAGAGAAGACUGUAGGACGUGAUGACUUGUUUCGGUUUCCUGAGGAGAAAAGGAUUUUGCUUCCGAGACAGAGCAGGACUGUGAUCCAUCUUUUUUUUUCUUUUUUUCUUUUUGCUUGUUCGAGUUGGAAAUAUAUCGUGUUUGAAGAUAAUUUGGAUAUUAUCCACUUGAUUCAAUCGUUCGUCGCAUGACUCUCAGGGUGUUUCCUAACUGGUGAGCAAUGUGACUGAGUGAGUCUUUUACUCUGCCUUGUCCUGUCUCUAUUCGUUCUAAUUCGAUUCUCUGCUGUAUUUUUUUUCUUUCAUCUUGUAUUUUGUUUUCCUUUCAUCCUUCAGUUUUUAUUAUUCAUGUAAACUUCGAAUCGUUGUAUUGUAUUCAUGUUAAAAUGGGACUUGCGAUUAACAAAUCGCAACUAUGGAUAUUGAAGUGCUUGCUAGAGCUUCCAUUCUUUCAUGCAAAAACACUAGAAGAAUGUACCUAUUGACUCGACUUGGUGGAAUCCAAGUCAGCGGUGAUGUGGG